AAGAGAAGCGGAUUCGAAUCUCCAAAAUUAAUUUUCAACUAGGCGUUAAGGAUGAGUAAUGCGGAAGGGGUACUAUUUUUGAACAUUCUUUAAUCAUACAUGUCAUGUGCUUCUUCAUACAAUGAUACAAUCACACACAAAAUUUGGAUGCUCGUAUCGUCUCUCUUGCUCGUUGUGCAACGGAAUAUUCCACAAUCCCUCUCCACAAAAAAUUCUCUGAUUCUUCCAUUCUAUCAUUCUAUACUCUAAAACUCAAGCUGACUGUUUCUUUUAAUUUCUCCACCUGCUUUAUUUGGUAAGUUCUUGACAAGCUAGCGCGGCAGCUGCAGCUCGCAGAGUUUGACGAUUUUAUGGCGAACACAACUCAAAUACUUGGUGGGUUUGGAAUCAGCAGAACACGGCAGCAUCAACCACCCACUUCGUACUUCAUGCCAGCAGUACCUAUUUUAAGGAGGAGAUUUUCUCGCAUACAAAGGGUUGAGUGUUCAUUCUUUGUUGGAACUAUCAACAACAUAACGUGUUCCACUACUUCUAAAGGUGCAGACGAGCUUUCGCUCAAUCAAUCUCAACUUUCAAGACUAGUUAACACUGGCUGCAAACUAGUAGGAUGUGGCUCUGCAGUACCAAGUCUGAAAGUUUCCAAUGAUGAUCUUGCAAAAAUUGUUGACACUAAUGAUGAAUGGAUAUCUGUAAGGACCGGGAUUCGUAAUCGUAGGGUUCUUUCAGGCAAAGAGAAUUUAACAGGUCUGGCUAUAGAGGCUUCAAGGAAAGCUCUAGAGAUGGCAGAGGUUAAUCCUAAAGAUGUUGACCUAAUUUUAAUGUGUUCUUCAACUGGAGAUGACCGUUUUGGCAGUGCUCCCCUGAUCCAAAAAGCACUCGGCUGCAAAAGCAAUCCAUUGGCUUUUGAUAUUACAGCUGCUUGUAGCGGGUUCUUGCUGGGUUUGUUUUCUGCUACAUGCUACAUCAAAGCUGGUGGUUUUAAGAAUGUUCUUGUAAUUGGGGCUGACGCAAUUUCUCGCUGUGUUGAUUGGACGGAUAGAGGUUCAUGUAUUCUCUUUGGGGACGCUGCUGGUGCUGUGCUUAUGCAGGCCUGUGAUAUUGGAGAAGAUGGUUUGUUUGGUUUUGACUUGCAUAGUGACGGUGAUGGUAAAAGGCACUUGAUUGCUCCUUUUAUAGAGAAUGAAACAGAAGACGGAUCAAGUACAAGUCAUUCUGGGAGUGGUUUUCCACCCAAAGGUUCCUCUUAUUCCUGCCUCAAGAUGAAUGGCAUAGAGAUCUUUAAGUUUGCUGUCCGUGUUGUCCCACAAUCAAUUGAAGCAGCUUUAGACAAGGCAGGUUUCACUCGAUCUGAUUUUGAUUGGUUGCUCCUCCAUCAGGUAUGAUUUUGAGAUAGAAAUUUCCGCACAUGAUUUUCGGCCCUUCAUCAUACUUUUGCUAAAAAUAAUCUUUCCGCACAUGCGUUGCACAUG